AAAACUUCCCUAAUUGAAAGGCAUAGCAUUUCCAUGUGUAUUUCCCGUCUGACGUUUGUUUUUUCCAAUAUUUGCAGAUUAUGAUACAACGUUCUCACUAUUUCACUUCUCAACGUCACUAUUACAGACUUGCAUUAUGCAUCAUUGUUAUGCGUUAUCUACUUCCAGUAGAGAAAGCAUUAACGCCACAACAAAUUGGAUAUGGUGCUGUUUCUGUUUUGUUGUCAUGGAUAAAUUUAAUGCAGUUUCUGAAACUUGUUCCAGUUCUUGGGAUAUAUAUCAUACUUGUUCAAAAAGUAUUCUGGACGGUAAUGAAGGUUCGUACUAUCUCAGAGUUCAUUGUAGAAAUAUAUCACUAUACUAGAAAAUACAUGCAUGCAGCAACCCCUCGCCUUUGUUAACAAAUGAAGUAUAAAAACUCCACAUAAAGUAUUAAGACCAUUAUAUUAAAACAAACAUAAAAACACAACCUAUGCGCUAGCUUAACGAACGAUAUAAACAUUGAUUUCGCUGCAAUUUCAUGUACUGUAUACCAGCUUGUACGCAUUAUCUACGGUGAAUUAUCGAGUUACUGUCGAUGCAAUGGAAGUGUUGAUAAAAUAUUGCCUGAAUUCAUUUCCUCAAUUUGAUCAAUUCAUACGAAUUCGAAUUUCUUUUUAUUUCCUGUGCGUUUCCUAUUGGUCAGUCGGUUCUGAAACGAAAUCUAAUUGGCUCAUUUAAAAGUAACAGGAAGUUGAUCAAUUUUCUAUCAAAUGAAUUGAUCAACUUGAGGAAGGAAUUGGUGCAAUAUUUUAUCAACACUUCCAUUAGCCUACAUCGACAGUAAGAAUGGAUUAAAAAUUUCGCAGAUAUCAGUAAAAUCAACAACACAAAGCAAGUAAACAAUAAUUUCAUCUGAUUAAAUAAAACACAUUAUUUAUUGUGAAUUAUCGAGUUAAGAAUGGCUUAAAAAUUUCGCGGAUAUAAAUACAAUUGACAACACAUGCAAGUACGGUAUGGAAUUUUACUAUACUGAAAUGUUUACACUUACCCAAACCGGUACAACAACGAUUAAAUUAUUAAAAACAUCAACAUCAAAACAAUUAUUACAAACUUUGUUUCACGGUUGAACAGCAUUAAUUCAUGAAUGAAACUGCAGGCUUAUUUCCAGUUGAAAUCGGGGGGGAAAAGUUUUGUACGGAGUGAAAAAUACGCCACCGAAAAGAUUUCUGUUUUUGAACACUAAAUAGCUGUAUUUCAACAAGGAAAAAAGCUAAAACUUUCAACAAUACCUGAAAUUGAAUAGAAAACGUGUUUCCAGAACGUAAACCAGUUUUAAAGUUAUUUUUUCAGGAGUCAAAGUGCGAAAUUUUUUUCGACACGUUCAAACUUGCGUGAUAUUUUGAAUAUCAAGCUGUUACCCAUGACGUUUUUGCUGUUAGUGGAUGUAAAAUACUUAGAACAAUCCAGGAAACCAGGUUUGAAUCUUUAAAGUUGAAGCCUGUUGAUAAAAAAGUACUUUUUCUUGCUGAUUUUCGCUCAAAAACAAACUUUUGACUGAAUUUCCCACUCCUCGAAACUCUCCCCAGUCCUCGGAAAGUUAAUUUAUUGCUCGCCGAGCCUCGCAAGAAGCGCCAUCUUGGCUUCAGGCAAGUAUGGGCAUGUUUACCUGCAGUUAGCUUUCCACUGGGUUAGGGUAAGGAUUAGCGUUUGGAUUAGGGUUUUUUAAAUUGUAGAUCUAGACCUUUGCAACCCAAUACCUCAUUGCAUACAAUGGCAUUAUAACGCCAGUAGAUUAUUGGUUACAACGUGAGGGAACGAUAUAUAUAUAUAUAUAUAUAUAUAUAUAUAUAUAUAUAUAUAUAUAUAUAUAUAUAUAUAUAUAUAUAUAUAUAUAUAUAUAUAUAUAUAUAUAUAUAGGGGAAUUUAAACGAAAGUAUACUUUAUCAAUGGAUUUUCACUUUAUUAAUUUAACACAGUAUCAAGGAUAUGGUGUUGAUUUCAAGAAUUAUUAAAGCUUUAAUUGGAAGUUCUCAAAGUGAGGCAAACCGGAACCAAUUCCAGCGCAAAAAACUAUAACUAUACCAAAUCUUGUAUUUGAAUUUUUGUUGUGAAAAUUUUUUGCUUCCUGGAAAGUAGAGUUUGUUUUCGCAGCAAUGUUUCCCAAGGAUUGGAAAGAGGAAACAUUCGAAGAAACAAAAACAAACGGGCAAUUUUUCUUGUCACAUUUCUCGCCAAAUAAAGAACUAAGACUGAAUGUUGCAUCCUGAAUGAAUUUUUUCACUUUUUUCCCUAGAUAUUUAUCGUGGUCCUAAUAUAUUUGCUGAGCUUUGCCAGCACAUUUUACGUACUUCUCGCUGAACACGAGAGUUUCAGAAAUAUUUCUAAUUCAUUCGUUUCAACAUUUGUGGCCAUGAUGGACGGCAUUGAUUACGAUAAUCUGUUUGUCACAGUUGGGUGGUAUCCAAAGAUUUACGAAUUAAAAAUGGUCAUCCUUGUUUUGUUUAUGUUGACAAUGUCUGUUGUUGUCAACAAUGCUCUAAUUGGUCUAGCUGUUGGCGAUACCAAUGAAGUGAUGAAAUCUGCAAGUUUUGACAAGUUUUUGCGAAGGGUAAGAGAAAAUCGUUUUAAUGCCACGACCGUCCCAAGUGAGUUGGGAAUAUAUAUCCCAUCGAACCAGCCAUCUAAAAUAUACAUAGGAAUGACAGAAAACGAAUUCAAAACGCGGUACCGAAACCACAAAUCAUCCUUCAACAAUGUUGAGCACGCUGGAAGUACAACGCUCUCGAAGUUCAUCUGGGAAUUAAAGGAAUCCGACACAGCUUACGCAAUCGAGUGGAAAAUCCUUAAGCGUGCAAAUGCUUAUAGGAGUGGAGGAAAGAUAUGCAACUUGUGCCUAUCCGAGAAAAUCUGCAUUUUAAAUGCAGAUAAACAAUCACUACUGAACAAAAGAUCAGAAUUAAUAGCUAAGUGUUGUCACGAAAGGAAAUUUUACGCUUAUAACUACAAUCCACCGUAAAAGCACUUUAGUCUGAUGAUCGCCUUUGUGCGUGAAACUCGAGUAACUUUUAUCGUAAAUAGGUUUAGGUUUUAUUAAAUUAUCUUCAGAUAUCAUGUCUUAGUCUACACCAAUAAUAUAUAUAUAUAUAUAUAUAUAUAUAUAUAUAUAUAUAUAUAUAUAUAUAUAUAUAUAUAUAUAUAUAUAUAUAUGGCUCUCUGAUAUUUUCUAUAUUUUUCUGUUUAAAAUUGCAGCUUUAAAAAGGCCAAGAUUUGCUUGCUUCCAUAAUUACUAGUGCAUUUGAAAUUGAUCACGUUGUGCACUUGUACCGCACUAUAUAGACACGUAUAUAUGUGCAAUUCAUCAUAUUUUUUUAUGAAAGCUGAAUUUUAAAAAUUGCAUGUAUACUUGCCGAGCUUUAAUAAUUGCUCUCCCCCUAAAUUUACUGCCCCAUAAUUAAUCACAGCUCACUUACAAUGUUCUUAUGAGUUGGGCUGGCCCGCUUUAUGUACAAAUUUGCCGUUUGUUUUACAUGAGGCGAGCUAGAUCGGCAAGCACAAUAUGAGGUGGGAUCUCGUCUCUUGCGAAUCAGCCCGGUUUACUGGCCCAGCCCGGCUCAUAUGAACAGCAUAAGACCCGAUUCUCCAUGCAAUCUACCUAUAAUUAUUAAUAUAAUAGUUAAUAUUACAAAUAUAAGUUCACAAUAUAGACUGACUGUGUUUAUUGUGCACUUGGUUAUUUCCCAUGUGGUUAUUUCCUCAUUUUUUUUGUCCACAAUAGGGUUAGGGAUAGGUUGUGUUUUGGAUCUAGAUAAAAGAGAAACAUAUUCGUGCACGAAACAUGAGGAUAUAACCAUCUUAUUUUUCACCCUGCUCGGUUUCCUUUGUUCUUAUCGGGGAAUAUAUUCAAUAUUCUCCUCUAAUCAAUUUCCGUUUAAUAAUCCCCUCUAAUAUUCACCUGCAAUUAAUAAUCCCCUUUAAUAUUCACCUGCAAUGUCUUUGCAGCACAAAAAAUGAGAAAAAAACAACAUAAUGAAGGCAAUAUGACAUUAAGAAUUAUUUCUAUUCUUACUCAUUAAUGCGACCUCGCAGUGUGAAAAAUAAGUACGUUAUUUUGAGGCAUCUCGGGGAUAUGUGUUUAUUCACCUCGGCGCUACGCGCCUCGGUGAAUAAAUCACAUAUCCCCUCGUUGCCUCAAAAUAACCUAUACAUAUAUAUGUGCGCCUGUCAUGCUAAACAGGCAAACAUGGAAACGAGGCCAUUGCAGAAAACGAGCAAUAUUAGUUAUUACCAAAGAUUCAUAUUCGUGUUUUUAACAAAACUAAAUAUAUAGACUAUAUAAAUCGUUUAAUUUUGUUAUAGGCUAAAUUUAUUAUACAACUUGAGAGAGGUCUGAACAAUAUUCCUUACUUGAAGAGUAGAGAAGAUGAAUGUCUGAUCGAGUUUCCAAUGCGGAAAAAGAAUGUAUUUCAAAAAAUUUUAAAUGUACUGUACUUCGGUAGCAAAAUCGACGCAGUAGACGGUGGGAAUGAAGACGAUGAACAUGAAUUACAUGAAAUGGAGAUUAAUUUGGAAGAUCAUAUUGAAAAAGAAAUUGAACAUAAAUUGGAUAAUCUUCGUUCAAGCUUACGACAUGAUCUGAAAGAAAUCCAGGAUCAAAUUAAAGAGGAUAUGGAAGAGAAAGUAGGGAAGAUAUUAAAAAAGUUGGAGUCAGAAAAGAAACCAAUAUGAAACUGUAACAUCAUCUGUUAACCAAGAUUUUUGAUGGAAAGAACAGAGGCGGCGGAACAGGGGGUCUAAUAAUGUCAGUGAUGAGGUCGUUACAGUUGGUGCCGUCUUUGCACUUAGCUGACCCCCCCCCCCCCUAAACAAAGAAAUAAAACCCGUUCCACCGCCACUGACUAAUGAUAAAGCCAGUUUUCCACUAGGCGAAGUUUUGGGUGCGGAGCGGAAUUGUUUUUGUUUUUCUAAUUAGUUCCACCCAAGAAAUCACAAGACAGAAAAAUUCCUCUCCGCGCGCAAACAAACGUUGAUAUUGCCAUAUAUAAUACUAAUAUAAAUAAUAAAAUACUAAUGAUGAGAC